CAUCUAUGGAGCGAGGACGCGUCUAACGGGCUCCACUUGACGCAAUAGCUUCAGAGGGAGCGGCGGUUGUUGCUGUUUUUAAGUUGGUUUGUUUGCGAUCCCAUUUUGAAUGUGUGUGAGGCGAACACCCUGCCCCUUCCCCCGCCUCCAGGCGAACGGCAGGAAGGCGGAGACGAGAAGAAAGCAGCCAGACAACAGUUUUUGUUUUGAACGGGGCUCCACGCGAGAGAGCUAGCUGUUAACUUUCCGGUGGAGUUCAAACGACUAGCGUGGAAGCUAACCGCUAAGUGAAACACGCGCGAGCCUUCUUCUUUCUGCUUCUAAUUCCUCUUCUGGCCGCGGACGGUCGCUUUAUCAUCAACAUGGUGACUCUGUCGGCCGCUGUGAGACCCUUCGCCUCCCUGCUCCGCCGACAGCUCGUCAGACACGCCAAGAGUCCCCGAGUGACGCUCGCCAGGAGAUGCAACCUCUUGUGCUCCAGCAAAUACGUGCUGUCACCGAUGCAUCCCAUGUGGCAGGGACCCCUCGCGGUACCGGGAGGCGAUCGGCAGUCCCCCAUCGACAUCGUUGUGCGAAAGAGCGUCUUCGACUCAAAGCUGAAGCCCCUGGUCCCCGAUUACGACCCGAAGACCUGCCAACAGAUCUGGAACAACGGCUACUCCUUUCUGGUCGAGUAUGACGACACCACAGACAAGUCCACGCUGAAAGGGGGCCCCCUGCAAGACACAUUCCGGUUGUGCCAGUUCCACUUCCACUGGGGUGAGAGCAACGCCUGGGGAUCAGAGCACACGGUGGACAGGAGGCUGUUCCCCGCAGAGCUCCACUUGGUCCACUGGAACUCUGACAAGUACAGUUUGUUUGAGGAGGCCGUGAUGGAGGACAACGGGCUGGCUGUCAUCGGAGUCUUCCUCAAGGUGGGAAAGCGGCACGAGGGGCUGCAGAAACUGGUCGACGCUCUGCCGACUAUCAGACACAAGGACAGCGUCGUGGAGUUCACCAGGUUCGACCCCGCCUGCCUGUUGCCCGCCAACACCGAUGACUACUGGACCUACCACGGCUCUCUGACCACGCCCCCUCUGACCGAGUCCGUCUCCUGGAUCGUCAUGAAGCAGCACAUCGAAGUCAGCCACGACCAGCUGGCGGUCUUCCGGAGCCUCCUCUUCACCUCGGCUGAGGAGGAAGUACAGAAGAGCAUGGUGAACAACUUCCGCGUGCAGCAGGCCCUCUGCGGCCGCCCCGUCCGCUCCUCCUUCACUCCUUUCCUCCAGGAGGCUGACGGCGACAAGCACACCCACUGACGCCGCUGGGGCCAGUAUUCCCAGUAUUCCUAGUGACUCCACACAGAGGCCCAAACUACCUUUUUACUCUGUGAGCAACUCUCCACACUCCUUUUUAUACAAAACUGUCACGACCCAGAGGAUCCUCAGUGACACUUAUUGCUGUUUUCCUCCCACGGAGUGAACCUUUUAUGACAAACCAGUUGCACAUGAAGGAUGCUGGGAUACUUUAGAUUACUUGCAGACCAUCAACCAAUAAGGGCAGGUUGCUGUGGGGGAGGGGUGGUGAUGGAUAUGUAGCUUAAAUUGCUUUAUUAUGAACAGGAAUUGUGUUUUAAUUAUCCGGGGACAGUUCCUGUGCUCCACAGCACUGUGUGCUGGUCACAGUCGGUACUGCAGCACAGUCUGCUCUGACUUCCUCAUAGUUUACAGCUGAUGAGUUGAACAGACUCCACAAUACAUAACGUAUGUCUAAUAUCAUCGAGGGCUUCUUAAAAACAACAAAAAUAACAAAUCAUGUGUGGUGGGUUGUUAGGUUUUUAUUAACUUUUUUCCAUCUAUACAUUAAUACGAUGAUUAUUAUUGUUCAUCUGUUACAAAGAGAUUAUACUGUAUACAAUACAUGUGACGUUCAGAAACUAUGAACACGUUGCUGUUGCUCACGCCGUUACGGUCGUUACGGUAGCACAAAACACAGACGGGCAUUAUUCAGAUUGAAGGUAGCGUGCUGGUUUUGUUUUUCUUCUUCUGUAGUUUCAUCUCCCGGAGCCACAGUGCCUUAAAACCGGUAACUGGCGGGACUUUGAGGUUCGCUGAUUGAAUCAAGUCUCCACCCGGUUUGGUUAGUUUUCUGUUGUGCUAACGUUAAUCAAAGACAGGAUGAGGUGCAUUUUAAAUGUCACCGUUUUGGUUUGGAGGAAAGGGCCGAAUGAGUUGCGAGUACUGUAGUCUAAAACUGAUUUGUAUGUGUUUUACAUCGGGAUGAGUCGCCGUGGUAGGCUGGAUAAAAAAAAGAGUGGGACUAACUGACCACAGCAGCCUCGCCUCGACACAUAUAACAAAUAACAAAGUGUGCUGCUGGGGUUUAACUGCUGUGUACCGCCUUCGUCACAUGGUCAUCGAGUACGGCAGCUGCUGUUAGAACAUUGUGAACCUCUGUGAUUUUAAUUCUGCCAAACAACUUUGAAAAAACUACAGCUCCUGAAGAAAAUGGGGUGGGGGGGAAAGGGUCCAGCUAAUCCAGCAACACUGCACACAAAUGAUCGAGAGCCAGAUUAUGCAAUCUUGCAUCAUGUAAAGGAGUCUGGCAGUCCGCCAGCGCUGGCUCACUCGAGGAACCUCCUCACUAUGCAGCACGAAUAUGAGAGAGAGAAGAAGGAGUCUGAGAGAGAGAGGGGGAGAGGAGUGGAAGUAAAAUGAUAUAUUCGGUUUCUCAGACAAAAAAAGGAAACUUUGAUUGCACUAAAAGCCGCUCUUCUAUGUUUAUGACAGUUGGGUGGAGAGCUCCCGGCUGUCUGUAUAAUCCCCCCAAAAAAGAACAAUGCAACCGGCCCGCCACCUCCUAUAGAAAUAACCGUUGCUCCCUUCCUGCAUGGACGCUCGUAUCAGGCAUACCCACCCAGCAGGAACCCCCCCCCCCUCUCUUCUCCACACACACACUAACACAGGCUGAAUAGACUCAACUGGAUAUGCGUCGAAAAAGGAUUAGCCAAGCCGCCGCAGAAGGCGUCAGAUUCGACCACAAAGACGCCGAAGAAGUGUCCUCUGUCCUCGGUGUGGAAUGUUGCCUUUUUGUUUUUAAUGAGUUUUUAUGAUGCAAUACUGAAUCUAAGUUCAAUGUAUUUGACUAACAUGGAGACGAGGUGCUGCCUUCAUCUCGUACUGUAUUGUUUUUGACUUAUUUCAAAUGUGCACCACGAUCAUCAUUUGCCUUCGUUUUUCGUGGCAUUUUACUCGUGUUAAAAAGCAUUUUAAAAUGACUUUUAAUGCAAUGUGUGUCAAUAUAUUCCCGCACAAAUGUUCCAUUUGUAGAAUAAUGUGUGUCUGCGUGGCCUCUUUUUUUGUCAAAGCAUCAGAAAUCAAUUUAAAGUGGUGUUUUUUGUUUUUUUUACUUCUUUAACAUCUCCAUACAUGUUUUGUUUUUCUUUCCCCGCCUCUAAACAUAAACAUUUGACAGAAUGCUGCCAUCUCGCCGCCUGUGGCUCCGUGUGAUGUUUUAGCAGGUGUACACUGUUUGCGUUGUAUAUUUUAACUGUUUGUUUGAAUAGCGGGCAGCCCAGAUUUCUGCUUCGCCGGGGGCCCCUCUCCCCUCCCAGCAUGCUUUGCUCCACCUGGGCGGCUCUUUUACAGGCUAUAAAUGAAAAGAUAGAAAGGGGUGUAUUAAUAGGGUGGUAUUUUACAAUAAAGUAACAAUUGAUGUCAAAAGCA